GAGCCCGACGAAACGAGAACAAGGCCCACGCAGAGACACACAUAAAGUUUGAGCACAAAGGACGACAAGGACAAGGUCAAGGUGAAGGUCAAGGAUAAGGAUAAGGAAAAGGAUAAGGAUAAGUUGUACGGGAACAAGAAGGGAGCUGGGAGACUGUGAAACGGUCUGAAAGGAAAGCACGAGAAGCGCAGUACCUCUGUAGAAGACGAGAGAAGUCUGCUCCAGCAGGUGAAUCGGACACGAGGGAAGCUACAUUACAAGCUUGAAUGAUAAACUCAGAAGACAUGGAGAAACACCACGAUCAACAGCAGCAAGAUGAUACCCCGCCGUCAAAUUCAUCCAAGGUGAACAUGGCUUACUUCCUCCCCGAAGCAAGGAUGGCGGCAUCAAGGAGAAGAAGCUGCAUCAUCAUGAAAGACGAUUACACAGAGCAGAGUGAAACGAUGUACUCGCACUUCAUGGAAGAAAUCAAAGUGGAGGACCUGAUGAUGAACCAAGGCCCCAAAGGGGAUGCGAGGAGGCGGAGGUCGACGGUGUCGAGGCGAUCGUCGUCUAUCGAGGACGACGAGAAGUUCAACAAGAUCUGCUUCUAUCUCCCCUUCGACCCGACACUGGG